CGACAACAUGAUUAAGCGAAGAAAUCUCAGGAAAUCACUGUUUCUUUCGAAGCUAUAAUAAUUUCGAUCUUAAAAUUGGGACCAAUUUAUAAAUUUGCUCGUCGCUGACAUUAUUCAUGUAUAAUUACGUUAUAUAUGUUGUACUAGAUAAGUAUCGUUCAAUUUUAUUGGAGUAUCGAUAGAAUCAUUUUCCAAGAUGGCUGUUGCAGCUGGUGCAUUAGAUUCAAUUCCUGUAGACCCUCGGAAUUAUGCAGACUUAACAAGCGAUGGGGAUGAUAGUACAGAUAUUGGUGCAAAGACGACGAAGCUGAAGCAGAAAGUACCAUCCAUUGAUGCCAAGGAUGGUGGUACGUUGACAAGGUCGUCGGUGCGAGACCAUGAGCGUAAGAUUGGACACAGACGAGUCGACCAUGACGGAGUUGUCACAUACAAGAAGAAACCGACAUCGGAGUUGAUGACAGCGAUACAGCUGGGUAUAGGUCAGAGUGUUGGGGGAUUGUCUUCGAAACCAGAGAGAGAUGUACUGAUGCAGGACUUUGCUGUUGUCGAAAGUGUUUUCUACCCAAGAGAGGGAAGCAAUCUCACCCCAGCACACCACUGCAGUGAUUUCCGAUUCAAAACCUAUGCACCCAUUGCUUUUCGAUACUUUCGAGAAUUGUUCGACAUUCAGCCUGAUGAUUUUAUGCUUUCUCUGUGCCAUGAUCCUUUGCGAGAGUUGUCUAACCCUGGAGCGAGCGGUAGUAUCUUCUACAUCACUGAUGAUGAUGAAUUCAUUAUCAAAACCCUGCAACACAAGGAAGCCGAUUUCUUACAAAAGUUGUUACCAGGAUAUUUUUUGAACAUCAGUCAGAACUCAAGAACGUUACUUCCCAAGUUUUAUGGACUAUAUUGUUACCAGUGUGGUGGUAAAAACAUUCGAUUCAUUGUGAUGAACAAUCUGCUUCCAUCGACCAUUGCGAUUCACGAGAAGUAUGAUUUGAAGGGAAGUACGUACAAGCGAAAAGCCUCGAAGAGGGAACGCUUGAAAUCAAAUCCAACGUACAAAGAUCUAGAUUUUCAGGAGUUCCAUCCCGAAGGGAUUCUCCUGGAGAAGGAAAUACACGACGGUCUGAUAAAAACUUUACAACGAGAUUGUAGGGUUUUGGAGAGCUUCAAGAUCAUGGAUUACAGUUUAUUGGUUGGUAUUCACAAUCUGGACAAGUCUUUGAUUGAACGAAGUCAUUCUCGAGUGAGAUCUGUGAGCGACACGGUGCAAGUUACGACACUGGACACGGCCAUUUCACCCACCGAGUCUUACAGCAGCGCGACUCCUAAUGCAAAAACUAUGGCUCUACAGCGAGGGAAGUCUUUUAAAACUCGGUUGGCGACGGGUACCACACCACUAGAGGCAAUUCGUGCGGACGUCGAAGAUUACUCAGAAGACAUGGAAGAUGUUCCGCCUGGCGGAAUUCCAGCUCGCAAUUCAAGGGGAGAGCGAAUGUAUUUGUAUCUCGGCAUUAUCGACAUCCUUCAGUCUUACCGACUUAAGAAGAAACUAGAACAUUCUAUCAAAUCCAUUGUCACUGAUGGGGAUACGAUUUCUGUACAUAGACCAAGCUAUUAUGCUAACCGAUACCUCGCAUUCUUCUCCACGCGUGUCUUUAGGAAAGUACCUACUCCUCUGAAACAUUCUCCAUCUAAAAAGAAAGGCCAGGUGAGUCGCGCCCGGACUCAGUCGACCAUCACGGAACAGACUGAGCCGUCCAACAGUGACAAGCGGGUCCCAGAGAAAACGCAGCGCACGAUCAGCUUCUCAGACGAAUGCAAUCCUUCCUUGAGUAGCAAACCAGAUCUUGUACCAGUUCAGACCAAGUCCAGCACUAAAUGUACACCUCCCAACAACCAGAACCUUUCAAACACGGGUAAAACGGAAGAGCUUCGCAAACAAGCAGUAUCGCCGAACUUUGAUGGGGGAGGCGAUAAAAGAAUGUGGUAUAGGUCAGAUGUCAUGACGACGACCUGUCAGUCGGACGAGGCCGUGACGACGCGAUUUAUUCCAACCAUUCGCAGUUCGCCCCCGCUGAGCCUGUCGGAGUCAACCCCGACCCACACCGAUUAUACCGAAGGCACGCCCAGUUUCACCACCUCCAGCCCCAGUUGUUCCAGUGAUGUUUUGGGUAAUGCCCGUCCCAGCAGAGCCACAUAUUCCAAUCUGAAUAGUGACCAUGUACAAUAUUCCGUGUCGUUUGUUCCCGAGCAGUUGUCUCCCUCUAAGAAAGCCAGCAGCAGUACCGAGGUGUCGUAUUCGAGUGCGCUAGAAUCCCCCAAGUGUACGGAAAAUCUACAGGAAGCUCCCUCAUUAACCAUGGAUGCAGACGAAACGCUGAUUGUUUCUACACCACAGUGAGGAGACAUAUUUAUAGGAAGACAUAUUGGAACAGUUGCUAUGGAAAUGUUCACUCUGGAUUGUGAUGGACCAGUCUUAUCUGGUUUAUGAAGCUGUGAUUUUGAUUUUUUCACCGGUUGUCGUCUGCCAAAAACUAAAUUUGUGAUCAAGCAUGAGUGGAGCAAACAAAACAAGAUGUAAAUCUUUCAAGAAGUACAUGUAUGUGAAGAACAAAUGAUGAUGAUCAUUAUUGUAUAUCUUUCAAGGAGUAUGUGAAGAACAAAUGAUGAUGAUCAUUAUUAUUGUAUAUCUUUCAAGGAGUAUGAAGAACAAAUGAUGAUGAUCAUUAUUAUUGUAAAUCUUUCAAGGAGUAUGUGAAGAACAAAUGAUCAUUAUUACUAUUAUAAAUCUUUUGGAGAAUGUGAAGAACAAAUUAUGAUUAUCAUUUUAAAUCUUUUGGAGUAUGAGAAGAAUGAAUGAUGACGAUAGUUCUUAUAAAUCUUUUGGAGUAUGUGAAGUAUGAAUGAGGAUUAUUAUAAAUCUUUUGGAGUAUAUGAAAAACAAAUGAUGAUUAUCAUCAUUAUUUUAUCAUUAUUAUAAAUCUUUUUGGAGUAUGACAAGAAUGAAUGAUGGUGAUCAUUAUUAUUAUUGUAAAUUUUUGUAGUAUAUGAAGAACGGAUCAUGAUGAUUAUCAUUAUUAUUGUAAAUCUUUUGGAGUAUGUGAAGAAUGAAUGAUCACUGAAUCUUUUGGAGGAUGUGAAGAAUGAAUGAUCACUGUAAAUCUUUUGGAGUAUGGGAAGAACGUUUGAUGAUGAUUAUCAUCAUUAUUAUAACUUUUAGAGUAUGUGAAGAACGAAUGAAUGAUAAUGAUGAAGAUUAUUAUUAUAAAAUUAAUGAUAUCCUCAACGAACCACAUUCUGUAUAUAAGUAACUGUGAUUGGGAAGUCCGGUUCUGGUCCAAUUUCACCAGAUCUAUAUCAGUGAGCACUGAAAUUAAAAGAGAUUGUCUUGCUAUGGUUGUGGCGUGAUUUCCUGGCUUUUCGUCUUCAUCGAUCAUCAAACACAGACUUGACUUGUAUGUGAGGAUCAACAUGUAUAUGUAGCUGCUGACAAAACCAUUUCGAUGACAUUUUUCAUUUCUAGGCGUUGGUUUUCGUGUAUAGUCAAAAUAUGCUCAACAAAAUUCAGGGCCAAGAAAUUUUUACUUACGUAUUGUUAGCUGUCAUUUUAUGAAGUUUUGAUAACUAAUGAUUUCUAAACAUUGGGGGCGAGAUAUAGCCCAAUGGUAAAGCGGUCUGUUUGGGAUCGAUCCCUGUCAGUGGACCCCUUGGGUUAUUUCGUGCUCCAGCAAGUGCACCAUGACUGGUAUAUCAAAGGCUGUGAUAUGCGCUAU